AACAGCGCCUUCACACAGACAGAGCGAAAGUCCAAAAAAAAAAAAGAAAAAAAAGAAAGAACAGUAAUUUGUAAACGAAGAACUCCACCGGCAUUAGAGAAUAGAAUAGAAGAAGGAAAGCUUAGGUUUUGAUCGUUUGGUGGUGAAGAAUAGGAAAAGGAAGAGGAAGAUGGGGAAGAAUGAGAAGACAGGGUUGGGUAGGGCUCUGGUAAAGCAGCACAACCAGAUGAUCCAGCAAUCCAAGGAAAAGGGACGCUUCUACAAGAACCAGCAGAAGAAGGUUUUGGAAUCGGUCACCGAAGUCAGCGACAUCGACGCCAUCAUCGAGCAGGCCGAUGAAGCCGACCGCCUCUUCUCUCUUGCCCAACCUGCUCCUUCCCUUCCUAUCAGCUUAGAUGCAAGUUCUAGUACCAGUGGAAUGACUCCUGAGGAGAGGAGGGAGCAACAGAAAAAAGAAGAGAUAAUGCAUGCCAGUAGCCUCCAAGUUCCGCGCAGACCGCCGUGGAAUGCUGGAAUGUCUGUAGAAGAGCUCGAUGAUAAUGAAAGACAAUCUUUUUUGAUGUGGCGUCGAAGCCUUGCAAGACUAGAGGAAAAUGAAAAUCUUGUUUUGACUCCUUUUGAGAAGAAUCUAGAUAUCUGGAGACAACUUUGGCGGGUGGUGGAACGAAGUGAUUUGCUUGUGAUGGUUGUUGAUGCACGGGACCCUUUAUUUUACCGCUGCCCUGAUCUUGAGGCUUAUGCACGAGAAAUUGAUGAGCAUAAAAGAACAUUGCUUCUUAUUAACAAAGCAGAUCUUUUACCUGAAUCUGUCAGGAAGAAAUGGGCAGAGUACUUUCAUCUUCAAAAUAUUCUUUUUCUGUUCUGGUCAGCUAAAGCUGCUUCUGCAUCUUUAGAAGGGAAGAAGCUUAUUGCCCCAUGGAAGACACAGAAUAACCUGCAGGAUUCAGAUGAUCCUGACAUAAAAAUUUUUGGAAGGGAUGAGCUUUUGGCACGUUUGCAAUUUGAGGCGGAAAAGGUAGUGAAGAGGAGGAAGGAGUCAGGCUCCAGUAGCUCUCGCAGUGGAAAUGUUGCAGAUAUACAGAAUGUAAUUGUGGGAUUUGUGGGAUAUCCUAAUGUGGGGAAGAGCUCAACCAUUAAUGCCUUGGUAGGCCAGAAGCGCACAGGAGUUACCUCGACUCCAGGAAAGACUAAGCAUUUCCAAACAUUGAUUAUAUCUGAUAAGCUGACCCUCUGUGACUGUCCUGGAUUAGUGUUUCCAUCAUUUUCAAGUUCUAGAUUUGAGAUGAUUGCCUCGGGAGUAUUGCCAAUUGAUCGGAUGACGGAGCAUAGGGAGGCCGUACAGGUUGUCGCUAAUCAAGUCCCAAGGCAUGUUAUUGAAGAUAUUUACAACAUUAAGCUGCCAAAACCCAAGCCAUAUGAACCACAGUCUCGGCCACCAUUAGCAGUGGAGCUAUUGAGAACCUAUUGUGCUUCCCGUGGUUAUGUUGCCUCAAGUGGACUUCCCGAUGAAACAAGAGCUGCCCGCCAAAUUUUGAAGGAUUACAUUGAUGGAAAACUGCCCCAUUUUCAAAUGCCACCUGGAAUGUCUGAUGCAGAAGAUCCUACGGACAACAACUUGUUAGUUAUGCACGAGUCAGACUCAUCUGAUGUUGAAGACCCACCUGAUGUGGAAGGCAAGAGUGCACCUAAUAUUGAGCACGUGCUGGAUGAUCUAAAUUCUUUUGACAUGGAUAAUGUGCUUGCGUCUAAAAAAAGCACAGUUACGAAGCCUAAGGCAUCCCAUAAACACCACAAGAAGCCUCAAAGGAAAAAGGAUCGCUCAUGGAGAGUAGGAAAUGAUGAUGGUGAUGGAAUGCCGGUGAUAAGAGUUUUUCAGAAGCCUCCAAAUGUGGGUCCUCUAAAGGCAACGUGAACCUUUUUUCUGGGUAAUUGUUGAUACUAGUCGCCAACCUUAUCAUUACAAAGAAGAUGGUGCGAGGAGAAAAAGAAGAAAAGAAAGAACAGAAUAUUCUCUCCUAAAGCCUUGACAUCUAGAAGAAGCUACAUAUAUUGGACUACGAAGGUGAAACCCACAUGCCAUCUAAAAUAUUUCCUAUGCGGUUACAAGUUCUUUUGGUGCUGAUUAGUAGUUGGUGGUUUGGAGAUGCAUUAAUUCAUGUACAUCUAUCUAUUCCCUUUUUUUUUAAUGCAACAUAUAAUUAUGACGUGAAAAAUAGUGUUGUUGACGAAGCUCUAUUUCUGAAAGAUCGGUCUCCCGAGCAUGUAACAGUUUUGGUCGUGCUUUCCUUGAUUAGUGGAAUAUUUUCAUCCUUGAAUUAUCCAGUUCCUAGUUGUGUUUC